AUGACCGAAAUCUUGAGCGAUCCCAAGGCGGAUCCUGCGUGUGAAGACGAGGAAAAGACGUCUAAUACGGCGACGCUGAAAGGUGAACAGCCUUCCCGCCAAUCAAAGCUAUCGUUCUCCAGCGGUCGAAACUUACACACUUGUGCAGUCAAGUGGUACCGCUCAACCCUCUACAACGCGUUAAUACUCGGCGUUUGCAACUUCCUCGCGCCCGGAAUAUGGGGAGGUAAAACUCCAUCGCCGGAAGGAGAAACAUCUCGCGGGCUACGGGCUGACCAAGGUGUGAUUUCUGCAGCGAUGAACUCGCUCGGCGCCGCCGGGGAGGAGAAACCGUACCUGGUCAACGGCGCGAACGCCCUCACGUUCUGCCUCAUGGUCGUCUCGUGCAGCUUCAGCAGCGUCAUCGUCCGCCUCGUCGGCAUCAAGUGGGCCCUCAUCUUCGGAACCAUGGGCUAUGCCCCGUACGCGGCUGGCCUGUACACGAACAAUCGCUUCGGGACCGAGUGGUUCGUCCUCUUUGGCGCGGCGCUGUGCGGCAUUUCGGCGGGCGUUUUCUGGACGGCCGAGGCGGCCAUUGCGCUCUCUUAUCCUGAGCCGAACAACCAAGGCCGCUUCUUGGGACUCUGGUUGAGUUUCCGUGUUGGCGGCCAGAUCUUGGGUGGUGCGAUCAAUCUUGGUGUCAAUGCAAAGAACAAUCAGGCGGGGAAGGUCUCGUACAAAGUAUAUCUGGCCUUCAUCGCUUUACAAGCACUCGGUCCGUUCGUGGGUCUGCUUGUGAACAAGCCAUCCCGAGUCCAGCGCAAAGACGGUGUGCGAGUAGAUAUGAGCAUCACGAACGGGAGUUUAAGAGAAUUGCAGCUUACAGCGAAACUCUUUUUCAGCAAGGAGUUCCUUUUCAUCGUUCCCCUGAUUGGCCAAGGUGUCUACACGGAAGCCGUCAUGUUUACAUACGAGUCGCUUUGGUUCAGCGUUCGUGCUCGAGCAUUAGGCUCAUUUCUCUCCGGUAUCGUGGCUGUCGUUGCUGGCAAUCUUCUUGGAGCAUUUCUUGACGCCAGAAAAAUCACGCUCAAGACCCGUGCCAGAAGCUCGUUCGUCACCGUGCUGGGACUGCAGGGUGCCUGGUGGAUCUGGGCUACCGUUUUGGUCACUGACUUUCAUAGAACCAAGCCCACGUACGACUGGGUCGACCCGGGCUUUGGGAGGGCAUUCGCGCUCUUUUUGCUAUGGGUGGUAGGGUUUCAGCUUAAUUACUUGUAUCUAUACUUUGUGGUCGGUCACAUCGCGAAGUCGCCGGCAGAGAUUGUCCGCAUUGCAGGAUUGCUGAGGGGAACCGAGUCAGGCUGGCAAGCAAUUAGUUACGGCGUUAACAGCGUGGCUAUCAUGGCAUCUGUUGGUGGAGUGUACCUGAAUUUCGGUCUUUGGGCUGUGUCUUUGAUACCUGCCUGGCUUGUAGUGGGCAAGAUUGGAGUGUCGAAGGACGAGGGAGAGAUUGAGAACAAAGGGGUGGAUAGUGCCUCACCAGUCGAUUCUUGA